AAAUAAACUGUCAAAACGAUUUCUAUGAAAAAUUUAAUCCCGGAUUAUUUUGGAAAUGUUUUUAUCAUCCGAAAUAAAAUAUAACUGAAUAAUAAACAAAUUACAACUCAAUAAUCUACAAAAACAAUAUAUCAUGAAUCGUCCAAAAAUUUCUUUUGGCAAAAUCAAUCUAAAUCUUAACAAAGCACAAACGAUUACAAGUGAAACCGAAAAUAAUGUAGAACCAUCCCAAACAACAUCACCACCACCAAUCCAAGGUGGCUUCAAAAAAAUUGGCAAAGAUCAAAUGCAACGUCACAUUGAAAAUGUGACCGAUGAUCUUGAGUCUCAGCAUUUAAAAGAUGUCAUGGGUAUUUCUGGUUUUGGCAGGAAAGCUAAAACCUUUGAUAUCAAUGCAGAAAUUGAGAGAGCACGUAAAAGUGCUCCCGCAAAACCAGAAGUUAGCGAUGACAAAAGUCAAGAUGAUCAAAACGAUGAUGAAAGUGACACUAUUGGCCCUUUGCCUGAAACCGAUGGUAACAAAGAAAAACCCUCUUCUGAUGGUGAAGAUGACGAUAAUGACUCUGAGGACGAGGAUGACAACUUGGAGAAUAAAAUUCCAGACACCCAUGAAGUCCAAAUGCAACACGGAACCAAAGCCAUUCUCGCUCUCGCUGGCGAUCCCUCCGGUGGCCGUGUUGUAUCUGGAUCAAUCGACUACGAUAUGUGUUUCUGGGACUUUGCCGGAAUGGAUUCCUCAAUGAGAAGUUUUCGCACAAUUCAACCUUGCGAAAACUAUCCGAUUCGUGCUCUUCACUAUUCUGUUACAGGAGACAUGAUUUUAGUAGUCUCGGGUAACUCACAGGCAAAAAUCCUUGACCGUGAUGGAUUUGAAAAGAUGGAAUGUGUCAAAGGCGAUCAAUAUAUCACAGACAUGUCCAAGACAAAAGGGCAUACAGCUCAAUUGACAGCUGGCUGCUGGCAUCCAUUUACCCGUGAAGAGUUUCUUACAAGUUCUAUGGAUGCUACUCUAAGAAUUUGGAAUAACUUCCGAUCUAAAGAACAAAAGAUUGUUAUUAAAACUCGGGCUCUGGGAGGACUCAGAACAAUUCCCUCUUCAUGUACAUACAAUCGAGAUGCUACAUUGAUUGCUGCUGGUUGUGUGGAUGGAUCUAUUCAGACUUGGGAUACAAGGAAGAUGUUUGUCAAUACUACACAUUGUGCCAGAAAUGCUCAUCAGAAAGGAAGCGAGAUUUCUUCGAUUGUCUUCUCAUAUCUUGGUCAUCAGAUUGCGACUCGAUCGUGUGAUGAAACUAUGAAGUUAUGGGAUUUGCGUUCGCUUAAGACAUGUUUGCAUUCCUGGGAUGGGUUGUUCUCUCGCUAUGACACCACAGACUGUUGUUUUAGUCCAGAUGAUCGCAUGCUUGUCACAGGUGAAUCCCUGCCAAAAGGACAGAAGGAAGCCAACUUACAUUUCUUUGACACAGUUACGUUUGAGUGCGUAAAAACUAUUCCCGUGACCACGUCACACAUUAUCAAAACAUUAUGGCAUCCAAAACUGAAUCAAAUAUUUGUUGGAUGCGGAAAUGGGGUUGUCAAGUGUUUCUACGAUGAAAGAAGGAGCUUCCGAGGAGCUAAACUCUGUGUAGUAAAAACCUAUCGCAAGAAGAAGCAUACAGAAAUGAUUGGUGUUACUCAAAUUAUUACCCCACAUGCACUCCCAAUGUUUAGACAAGAAAAAUCUAAGUCAAGUCGCAAAAAGUUGGAAAAGGAUCGACUGGAUCCGGUAAAGUCGAAGAGACCCGAUUUGCCAAUUACCUCUGGGCAAGGUGGUCGAGUUGCUUCUUCGGGUGGAACUCUAAGUUCUUAUGUUAUUAGGAAUUUAGGUUUAAGUAAAAGGGUCGAUGAUGACCAAGAUCCACGUGAAGCUAUAUUAAAAUAUGCAAAGGAUGCAGCAGAAAAUCCAUACUGGGUAGCUCCAGCUUAUAACAAAACCCAGCCGAAACCAAUUUUCUCAGAAGAACCAGACGCUAAGAAGCCCAAAACAGAUUAAGACAAAAAUAAUUUUUAGAAAUAAAAUAAAAAAACAAAUGUAAC